GCCAUCAUUUUAAAAUGCAGUUAAAGGUUCGAUUCAACUGGUAAACUUAUUAAUAAAUAAAUGUAUUUGGUAAAUAUACUAAAAACUAAACUACAAAACUUAAAACCUGGAUCUAAAAAUAAAUAAAACUAUCCCCCUGCGGCAUGGUGCCGUAGAUGCUAGCAGCAUUUCCUCGCUGUAUCGCAAGACUAAUUCUUUGAGCGACUAACUUCAACUGGUUAAUAUUUAAAUAAUAUUAUGUUUUGGAACGUAGAGUGCUUGUGUCUGUCAAUGUCAGAGAGAGAGAGAGAGAGACGUCACAGGUACCAUACGUUAUCAUUGUUUGUCACCAUCCAAGAUUAUUUCGAUUGCCGUCUAAAUAAAAAAAUCGAAACGAGCAUUUAUAAAUUUGUUGUUCAGUAAUCGCUAGCCAACAAUAAUACGAAGUUGUGAGAUAAAUCAGUGCCAAGAAACGGUCCUAAAUCAGUAUGUGUUCUACUAUUAUAUGAAUUUCAAAACUUAGGCCUCAAGUUCAGAAUUAUCAUUGUAAAUGUUUACGUGUCUUAUUAGACCGGCAUAAUUAAUAAACACAUUUGUAACGAUGAACAGAGGCAAGAACAGUAAUUCUAAAAUGGCAAGAACUGAGACAACUGAAGAAACAAACGGGUACAAGCUCCUCAACAGUGAUAGUAAACCUCCAGAUAUAAAACAUGGAAAAGAAAAUUCCUGGGUGGCGGGGGUGCAGAUGUUUGUGUCUUUCUUGCUCGCUGGAUUUGGUAUGGUUGCUGCAAGUCUUGUGCUUGACGUGGUGCAGCAUUGGAAGGUGUUUGAGCAAGUAUCUGAAGUGUACAUACUAGUGCCUGCCCUAUUAGGGCUCAAAGGAAAUUUAGAAAUGACGUUAGCAUCGCGUUUAUCUACUCACGCUCAUUUAGGGCACCUGGAUACAGACCUGGGUGCAUUAGUGGUAGGUAAUUUGUGUUUGAUACAAUGUCAAGCUGUUCUGGUAGGAUUUUUAGCAGCCAUGGCUGCAAUAGCAAUGGGUUGGAUACCAGAUGGGCAGUUUGAUAUUCACCAUGCAUUACUGCUUGCAGCAUCAAGUGUUCUGACUGCUUCCUUUGCCAGUUUUAUCCUAGGACUAAUCAUGAUUGGUGUAAUUGUUAUUUCAAAGAAAUUGAACAUUAACCCAGACAAUAUUGCCACUCCAAUUGCGGCUAGUCUAGGUGACCUGACAACCUUGGCACUGUUGUCAUGGAUUGCAUCGCUGCUGUACUCAAAUAUUGGCACAAGCGUUGUACUGCCAUCUAUUAUUAUCACUGCUGGUGCAAUUCUUGUGCCGGUCUGUGGUUACAUUGCCUGGGAUAAUAAGUUUACUAAACAAGCUUUAGAUGAAGGGUGGGUGCCAGUUGUCUCUGCCAUGGUGAUCAGCAGUAUUGGUGGUUUAAUUUUAGACUACACUGUUGUUAACUAUGAGGGUAUUGCAGUAUUUCAAUUAGUUAUUAAUGGUAUAGGUGGCAACAUGGUAGCAGUGCAUGCUUCUAGACUGUCGACUGUCUUACAUACAGGUGACAAGCCUGGGCCUCUUGUGGGCAAAACAACUAAAUUAUUACUCUUGAUGGUCAUACCAGGACAGUUGAUAUUUAUAUACACUAUAGGAUAUUUAAAAGCUGGGCACACAUCUAUGACGCCUAUAUUUAUCCUCAUUUACAUGUCUGCGGCCUUGCUACAAGUUUUCCUCUUAUUAGCUAUAAGCCACCACAUGGUUAUAUGGAUGUGGAAGAUGGGAAUGGAUCCUGACAAUUCUGCCAUACCUUAUUUGACAGCACUAGGAGACUUGCUGGGCACAGCUUUGUUAGGUGUCGCUUUUCAUAUACUAUAUGCCAUAGGAGAUAAAGACAAAGAUUUGGGAGAUUAACAUAAUUAUGUACUUCAGAAUUUUCAUGUGGUCUUUGUUUAGUUUUAUCAAUUUUACUGAGGCAUUUUCUUUUAUCUAGUGCCAUUCAAAACUAUAUCAUAGUCAUCCUUUUUGACUGAGCACAUAUCUCUCGAAUAUAAUAUAUACUAAGUGUUACAUUUAUUCUUUGGUUAUCUACAAAAAUAAGUAUUCAUAGUGUGAAAAAUAUUUUGAUAUACCUAUUCAUAAUUACAUAUGCUUUCCAAAUUAUUCAUUGUUUUUAUGGUAUUCCAUUUUGUAUAAAAAUAAAUUAUUGUUACUGCACAAUGAAAUCAAAUUUACAAUAUUAGAUAACAAUGUUAAGAUAAACUUUGUGUAUUAUCAAAGUAACUGUUACUUAAAUGUUUUUACUCAAGUACUUAUGAAUUUGCCAGUAAUAGGAUAGAUUUAAGCUAUUUAAAGGCCAAUAAGACAGCCAUCUUUGGGCCUGAUCCCAAGUCGGACUAUGUGUUUGGCCCCACCUAAGUGGGGCCCUAAGAGCUCAUUUAGACAGCAUGCGAACUUUUAAGUUACAACCAAUCAAAUACUGCAAUGUAAUGAAACUUGCAUGCAUGUUCUUGCACCAUCAAUGAGCUUUAAUACCUCUUAUUUGGCUUAAUCCAACCCUGUGACUAAACUUCAAUUACUUAAUAAAAUAUAAACUUAAAUUGUUUGUUAAAGUAUUGUUACUUAAUUUGCUUGUCAUUAUAAACUUUUAUGUGAUUAUUAAGUCAAAAAAUUGUGAUUGUUAUUCCUAUUUAUUAAUAUAUUAGGUACUUGUAACAUAGGCCACAAUUUGUUCUGAUAUAUUAUAAUAUAAGGAACUUAAGGAAAAUAAUAAAGUAAAUUGGUGCUACUGCCUGCUACUCGAUAAGUUUACACUUUUCAAUGUGACUACAAUCAUGUACUCUUUUAAAUUGCCAAAUUAUUUUUGUAGAGUUACUAUUAUGAUAGCAAUAUACCUGUCACACAAAACUAUAUUUUACAAUAUAUUUGAUAUUUAAAUAA